GCGUUCCAAAAUUAUGUUUUUCAAAUGUCGAGAAAGAAAUUUUUGUAUUUUGCUAGGGUCGAAAAUGCACCUGGGGGCCAAUUCCCGCCCUUGAAAAUACACAAAAAUGAAGCCUAGGUGCUUCGCAACAAAAAUAUUUAAAAAUUCUAACAAAAUGUGGACAAUAAAAGGUCAAAUAAACGUUUACCUCUGCAGCCGAUGUGACAGCACGUCCGUCAGAUAGAUAGAUAGAGAGAGAGAUAGAUGUUUGGGUACGCCAGAAACAUUCACAAGGAUUCAUUAGUUGUCCAAACUGAAUUGCACUCAAUAAAAAUAAAAAAACUACCUAAUAGCGCGAAAGAAGAAUUAUUAAAAUUACAUAAGCAGUUAAAGGGGCAAGAAUCCUUUACAAUGCAGAAUGGUUGAACAAACAGGGGAGACUACUGGUGUCACUGACUCGGCUGCGGCGCCACCGUCAAUCAGUCGGUGUAAUGGCGCCUAUCCAAUUGUAGACGAUGCCAUAGAAAUUUUGCCGAUUGACAUAGUUUUUACCUUGUUUGUUAUUCUGUUAUAUAUUUUUAUGAAUAUUACCAUGGCAGGAGAUAAUAGGCGAUCAACUGCCGCGCAAUUUUUUUCGGAAGAAGAAGAUGCCGGUACUGAGCAGAUGUCAACAUAUAACCGGGUGGUUGAUUUGCUUAAUCAAGCAUCAUUUAUGCAGAAAAACAAUAUGAAAACAGAAAAUCUACGACAGGUUCAAGAACUGAUACUUUAUAAAGAGCCUAAUCUUUUGGAUAAUUUUUUAGAGGAAAUGUUGGCCUUUCAAAGUGACCGCUCUGUUGAAGUUCGAAAGUUUGUCAUCAGUUUCAUAGAAGAUGCAUGCAAGAAAGAACCUGAUCUCUUACAGAAAAUCCUGCCAAACCUUGGUGCUCUUUUCCAAGAUGAAAAUGUCAAUGUUCAGAAGAGAGUUAUUCUGGCAAUGGCUGGACUUCAUAGACUAGCGUUACAGUGGUUGAGCCAGAGCAAGACAAUUACUGAAGAAAUGCAACAGACUUGGAAACAAAUCCUACAAUUAAAAACCUACAUAAUUGAGAUGAUGGAAUCUUUAAAUGACGGUAUCCGAACUCAUGUUGUGAAAUUUAUUGAAAACGUUGUUCUAACUUUGACAAAGAAAUCUCCUGAGUCAGACAUUCCUAAGAAACUUGAAAAUGAGAUGACACUUGAUAAAGUCCCUGAAAACCAUAAACUGUUGGAUGUUAACAAAUUAGAGGAAGAGGGCAAUGAGUUAUUUGUCUCUUUGCUGAAAUUUCAAGCCUCACCUCAUAUAUCCAGUAUAAAUCUGAUGACUGUCAUGGGAAGCCUUACAGCAAUUGCUAAACAAAGACCUGUAUAUUUUGAUCAAGUAGUACAAGCGUUUGAAUCCUUACAUGUAAAUUUACCACCAACAUUAGCCAAGUCACAAGUAAGCAGUGUUCGUAAAAAUUUAAAGAUGCAGAUGUUGGCUUUACUAAAGCAUCCAUAUUCUCCACGCUUCAUGUCUCAAAUAACUACUCUCUUAACCGAUCUUGGAGCAAUGCAGUCAGAAGUAAGAGUUUCAGAUAUUCAGACAUUUCAAUACCUAUCCGUUCUCUAUCCUACCUUUUUAGUCUGUGUGUCUGCUCUCAGUGCAUCCUUUACAAUUAUUUAUAUGAGGCGUUUAGUAACAGAGUGUCAUAAGUGCCACCCUGGCCAUUUUCGAGGUUAUACUUCAUCGUCUAAAAAGUCCAAAGUUGAGAUAAAGCCUGAUCCUGACGUGGAAGAGGAAGAGAUUGGAGCAGCACCAAGUAAAGAAAAAAUUCCCAGCACUGCUCAGAAACAAACAGCUAUUGACAUCACUGCUGAAGAUUUGGUUGGUAGGCUAAAUCCACACAAUGUAGCAGAUCUUGUAUUGAUUAGUAUGGUAAUGUUACCUGAUACAUUACCAGCCCACUUCCAAGCAACAUAUACACCAAUUGCUGCAGCUGGUACUCCUGGUCAGAUUAAACAUCUUGCCAGGUUACUUGCAACCCAGCUUACUAUGGCUGGAAUGGGUAAAGGUAUCUCUGACGUCCAACGAAUGAAUGUAGAAAGUGAAGAAACACCUGCCACAACAGAAGAAGAAAAAGUUACUCCGAAAUUACAAAUUCAAACUGUAGUAGGAGGAACUAUACAAGUAGGAGCUGAUGAACCUAAAAAACCUGAUACUGCUCUUAUAACACAACCAUUAAUGGGCACUCGUAAAGGAUUAAAGCAGUUCAAGUUGUCGAGUGUCACAAAACCAAUGAACAGAGAUCUCCUGGAUCAAAUGACUGUCAGGGCUGUGAGGCGUAUAUUAAUGGCUGAAAAAAGCGCUCUUAUUGGUAAUGCAUUACCAGAACGAACCAAAAUUUUGGCCUCCCUUGUUGCUCAGUUUGGUGGUGAGCUGAAAAAUUUAUUACAAGAAUACAUAUUUGAAGACUUACGUAAUCGAGCAGAUAUAGCUUUCUCUUGGUUAUAUCAAGAAUAUGUUGUCUGCCAUGGUUUCAACCGGUCCAAUAUGGGAGAACACAAGACAGUUCUGGCAAGCUAUGAUGAAUGUUUGACUCGAUUGCUUAAUGGCUUAUUGGAGAGAUCUGAUCAUAGAGAUGGACUGUUUACAAGAUUGUUUCUGGAAGCUCCUAUUAUCACAGACAAUGCUGUUCAGAUACUUCGUAAAUUUUGUCAAGAUGAAAAUCGUGUUCAUAUUGGAAUGGAAACUCUGCAGGAAAUGAUCUUGGCACGACCCCAUCAUCGUCCAAAAUACUUGAUUUUAUUAUUAGACUUUGCAUCGCAUGAUAAAGUGGAGGUGCGAAACCAUGCAAUCCAUGUCAUCAAGAAGCUAUAUGAACGAGAUGAUAUCCACAAACUAAUUGAGGCUCAUGCAUUAACUUACCUUCGAUAUCUGCUCAGCCCCAAACCACCACCAGAAUUGUUUUCAACAACAAAAUUAAAAAGUGAUCCUCCGGAAACCUGGGUAGAAGAUUGCAUUAAACUCUGCUUGUAUUUAUAUCUUGGUCUGUUACCCAGUAAUCACAAACUAAUUCAUGAGCUAGCCACUGUAUAUACAGCGACUUCAGCAGAUAUCAAAAGAACUAUCCUCAGGGUUUUGGAAAAUCCAGUUCGUGGAAUGGGCAUGGACUCUCCUGAACUGUUGCUUUUAGUUGAAAAUUGUCCAAAAGGAGCAGAGACCCUUGUUACAAGAGUAAUCCAUAUCCUCACUGAUAAAAGUGUUCCUUCUCCUGAGCUGGUUGAACGAGUCCGAGAUCUUUAUCAUAAAAGAGUUCCAGAUGUUCGUUUCUUAAUACCUGUGCUCACUGGAUUACGAAAGAAAGAGGUUUUGGCUGCUUUACCCAAACUGAUUAGAUUAAAUCCAAUUGUUGUAAAGGAAGUUUUUAACAGAUUACUUGGCCAUGCCAAUGCUGAUGCUUCUUACACCUCACCGUUGACUCCAGCUGAGCUUUUGAUAGCUUUACAUAACAUUGAUCCUACAAAAUGCGAUAUGAAGACCAUCAUCAAAGCUACCAAUUUAUGUUUUAGUGAGAAAAAUGUUUACACCCAGGAGGUUUUGGCUGUAGUAAUGCAGCAGUUGAUGGAAUUGAACCCUCUUCCCACUCUUCUGAUGAGAACAGUUCUGCAGUCUUUAUCCAUGUAUCCACGUCUCAUUGGAUUUGUGAUGAACAUUUUACAAAGACUUAUCACCAAACAGGUGUGGAAGCAAAAAAGAGUUUGGGAAGGUUUUAUUCGAUGUUGUCAAAGAACUAAGACACAAUCAUUUCAAGUACUUCUGCAACUUCCAGCACCACAACUUCGUAAUGUCUUUGAAAUUAGCCCAGACUUGCGUGAACCACUUUUCCACCAUGUUCAGUCUUUUACUCCACAUCAGAGGGCUCAUAUACCUAAAGUGAUUAUGAAUGUGUUGGAGAAAGACCCACUUGAACAGGUGAAGGCUGCUGAAAAGCUAGAGAAAGAGAAAAGAGAAAAUUCUGUUGUGAUAAAAGUGCCAACAGUUGAAGGUACAGACACUGCCACACCAAAUCAACCAACUGAGUCCACAGCUCCUGAAAGUCAACCUAAAGCCACCGAAGAGAAACCUAAUGAUGAGGAAUCACAGAAUCUACCUUUGCCAUUAGCUGUAGUUUCUGUUCCUCUGCUUACUCAGCCCAGUAGUGUUCCAUCACAACAGUUUCCAAAGACCCAAACAACUUCGGAAGUUCCUCAAGAAAUUGAAACACUUUCAACUCCUGCUGUGGUUCAUGAAAAAGAAGUUGAAGACGAUGACAAAGAUCAUACAGCUCAGCCCGGUGCCAAAAACAACACAGUGCCAUCGGUGCCAUCAUCACAUCGCAGUAAUUCACCAUCUCCAUCUCAACAUCCAACUUUGUUGACUUUAACAGAAGGCGGUACCGACUAGAUUUUCAUAUUGGAAACGGUUUCAUAUGUACAUUUAAUUACACCCACUGUAAGCUAUUUACUGAAUUGUUGAAGUAUGAAAUUAAAUCUUUUUUGUACAAAUAAAUAA